GAAGGUCCUUUGUGGAGCUCCAGUCCGGGUUUUGCAACAGCCACACAAUAUUUUGGCUGGAUAUUGUCUGAGGAGGUGGUACCAGUGGGGUGGAAUUCCCUCAUGCAGGAGUUUGCACUGGAUGCCUUUACAAAGCUGUACUAUUACUCUGGUAAUAGUAAUAAUAAUAAGAAUAGUAAUAAUAAUAAUAAUAAAAAAGCCUCCUGGCUGGUGGAUGGGAUGGAGUCUGCGGAUUGAGAGCAGCAUUUAUGGACGUGCAAAUUGCUCUGAGGUGAUCACGAACUUUCUGCUUUGCAGCGUGGGCUGAGGGAGCAGGAGGCAGCCCGAGCUGGGAUCCCGCACAUCGCAGGAGGGUUUUGUUCCUCUGUGCCUAACCCGGGACCCCCUCAGGAACCUGCUUCAAAAACCGAGCCACCAAAACUUCCACCCGCACCCGGCUUCUCCAUGGACUCGCCAUGAAUCUAUUUUUCGUUCUUUUUUUGACAGAAACGUGCGCGUAACUUUCUCUGGAGGAACUGAGGAAUUUUGUAGUUGUUCUUGUAGCGUUUUAAAGCUGAGAACGCAGUAGAGUCUUUCCCGCAGGGAUGAGGGAGUGACAAGCUGAAGUUCUUGCCAGCACCCCUGGACACUGUGAGCCCCUAACACCCACAGCUGAGCCCUGGACAGCGCUGGGGCCGAGCUCCUGCCCUGCUGACAGGGAUGAAGGCAGAGCCAUGUUCCCUGCUACCUGAGCUGCCUGCUGCUGCUGCAGCUCGUGGAUAUGGUGCCAGCCCUGGCUCUGUGCACAGACUCUCAGCUCUGAGGAUUUAGGGGCAGCAGAGCCCCCAGCUGUGGAGCACGCUCCCCCAGCUACCCCAGCACGGAGGGGCUGCAGCUCUGGAGAGUUACUAUGCAGCUUGGACUGCUUGUGGUGGUGGUUUUUCUGAGCUCCAUGGAUCCAACAGGCAGCAGCAAGGUGGUGAAGGGCAAGAGGCAAAGACGAAUCAGCACGGAGCUGAGCCAGGGCUGUGCCAGGGGCUGUGACCUGUGCUCCGAGUUCAACGGGUGCCUGAGGUGCUCCCCCAAACUCUUCAUCCUCCUGGAGCGCAACGACAUCCGGCAGAUCGGGAUUUGCCUGCCCUCCUGUCCCCUGGGCUACUUCGGCCUUCGCAACACGGACAUGAACAAGUGCAUCAAAUGCAAAAUUGAGAACUGUGAGUCGUGUUUCAGUCGAAACUUUUGCACAAAAUGUAAGGAAGGUUUGUAUUUGCACAAAGGGAGAUGUUACGUGACGUGCCCCGAAGGCUACGCUGCUGCCAACGGCACCAUGGAGUGCAGCAGUCCUGCACAAUGUGAAAUGAGUGAGUGGGGUCCGUGGGGCCCCUGCUCCAAGAAAAGGAAGCUCUGUGGCUUCAAGAAGGGCAAUGAGGACCGGACCCGGCGGAUCCUGCAGGCGCCCUCUGGGGACGUGUCCCUGUGCCCGGCCACCACGGAGGUGCGGCGCUGCACGGUGCAGAAGAGCCAGUGCCCCGAAGGGAAAAGGAAGAAAAAGGAAGAGCAAGGAAAGCAAGAUAAUGGGAACAGAAAUAGGAAAGACACCAAAGACACAAAGUCUGGCACCAAGAAGAGGAAGAACAAACAGAGAGGGGCCACAGUGCCCGCGACGGCCGCCAGCCCUGCCCAGUAGCUGGCAGCGUGUCAUGGAUGGCAAGACUCCAUUGCUGCUAUGUAUAUGAAAGCUUUAUUGAACAGAGCACUGCUACACCAUGUAACGUGUCCAGAGACAGACAUAUACUCCAGACUGACCCACGGACUGACAGAGGCCACACACACACCCUGAAGGAGGCUGCACACACACACCCUGCCCAGGGCAGUGGGAGAAUGCUGCUGAGGAGUGGGAGCAAAGCCACAGCGUCCCCAGGGCUCUGUGGGGACACUGCAGGGAGGAGAGGUGGAGCAUGAGCCACUGAAGGACCCAGACACGGGAUUGAUUUCAUAAUCAAGGCCUCAAAUGGAGCCCAAGCACACAGCCCCACUCAGCCAGGGGAUGAGACUGAACCCCCCAGACACACACAGCAGGGGCCUCUUUCUCUUCCCUCACCCCUUAUUUCGUGUUUUAAGCUGUAUGACUUUAUCAUUGCAAAUACAUGUUUGUGGUAAGAGGUCAGUGGCAUCUGCCCUGAAUCUGCUUCAAAGAAUUAUUUCAAAUUAAAAAAAAAAAACAAAACCCAAAAUCAAAAUGACAACCAGCUUCCUGAGUGUGUGGUUCAUACCUUGGCCCCUAUGGAGGCUGGUGUCCCACAGGACAGAGACUCACUUGUGGAAGGGAAACUCACCAAAGCUUUAAGAAAAUCCCAGGAAAUGCUGCCAGCACAAAUCAGCCAUCCUGCAAGAGGGACCUGAGCCCCGAGGAGCUCCCCACUGAAGGAUCCACUUAACACACAGCAGACUGAGAAAAUGAGAGGUUCCAACAAACCACAGGUUGCUGAAACAUUUUUUUUUGAAUGCAUACAGACUGUGACUGGGGUCUGCUCCAGCACCCAUGGGCAGUGGAUCCAUACAUGUGCAUUUUUUUACCUCCUUUUUAUCUGCACUGCAGCUUUCCAUUACACAUUCUGCACUUGUUCCAUACACACACAAUUCCUGUAGAAAUCAAUGGAAGUCCUAUGUGCAGAAAAGCACACUGGGACUCUGCUCAGCCAGUCCCAGCUGUGGGACAAUCCGGGGCUGGGGAUAGCUGGUGCCACCCCAGUGUGUGGCAGGAGGGAGGCAGGAGGGAGGGGAAGGCACAGCUCAGGUCCUGCAGGAGAGAAAAAAAAAAAAAUUGAAUUGGGUAGAAACUACCUGUGUGCUGGAAUUCCCUGGAUUCUCCUGCUCUGCCAGAGCUGCCAGCUGAGCAGAGGAACUGGGACAAGGACUGGUGAGCCCUGCGUGGCUUUGCUGCCUGCUCUGCUCAGGGCAGGGUCACAGAGGGGCUCCUCUUCACUGCCCUGGGGUUUUAAAAUGUGAUUUCUCUGUGUAUAAAUACAUAGAGACACAUUUCAUUUCUCUAGAGUUCAGCAGAAGCUCUCUGCUCCCAAGGAUGUGCCAUGGCUCUCAGGGUGGAUCAGGGACAUGCUGCUGGAGCUCCACUCCCCUGGUAGGGCAAGGGCUAGGGGAAACUCACCCAGACUAACCCUGGUGAAUCCAAUCUUGGCCCUGCUGCUUCCAUAGCACCAGAGGGGCAGGGGAAACUCACCCAGACUAACCCUGGUGAAUCCAAUCUUGGCCCUACUGCUUCCAUAGCACCAGAGGGGCAGGGGAAACUCACCCAGACUAACCCUGGUGAAUCCAAUCUUGGCCCUGCUGCUUCCAUAGCACCAGAGGGGCAGGGGAAACUCACCCAGACUAACCCUGGUGAAUCCAAUCUUGGCCCUACUGCUUCCAUAGCACCAGAGGGGCAGGGGAAACUCACCCAGACUAACCCUGGUGAAUCCAAUCUUGGCUGUACUGCUUCCAUCCCAUCUCUGCUCUGUGGUUUGGAGCCAACAGGUGUGCAGGAGAGAGCUCCUGUCCCUCUGAGGGUCACCUGCCCACACCCCCAGCCCUGGUUCUCUCCUGGUGCUCACUGAGGACUCAGCUCUGGCCAGAACACCCCAAUUCCCUCCAGCCAGGCACCCCAGGGCUGGCUUGGCUCGGGGCAGGACAUGGAGGCUGCACAUUGUUUGGGCUCCAGAGCUGUACCAAGCUCUCCCUGACUGCUCUGCUGGCAGAAAAACCUUUCAGCCUCUCGUCCACUUUGUGUUUAAGUAAACAAGAAGCUGUUCCAUCUUUGAAAGGGGAUUCCAUUUCAGCACAAUGAUAAACGACCAGCAUACCAAGCAGGGGGGAGAAAGAGGUUCUUAAAAGUCAUCCUUUAAGUUGUUUAUGGAUCAUGUUCAUAUGAUUUCUGAAAGCUUCCCAGCUCAAUGAUCCAACCUUGCUCUAUUUUCUAGCCUGUGAGAGAAGUAUUUUUGCUUGUCAGCAGAACCAUUUUCCCUUCCAGUUUUAGCAGCACCCACUGGUGAAGCUCAGCUCCCUCCUGGAGCCACGUCCCCAGCGAGCUCUCAGUGAGGAUUAAGGAAAAGAAAAUGCAUUAGGAAAGUUUCCUACUUGAGGCUCUGGUAAUGACCUGAUUCCCUACAGUAACUCCUGGCACUAUUAGCACAACUAUUUCAAAACUAAACUGCAUGUAAUAAAUCAACAGAACCUAUUUUAGAGAACUCUAGGGAUUAUUAGAAAAUCUGACAAACUUCUUUCUGUUGUAGCCUUUCCCCUACUUUCUUCCUUUUUUCAGAGCAAAAUGGGAAGAAAAAGGGACAAAGGCAACAGGAAGUUUAAGAUGAAUAUUAAGAAUAUCCAAGAUUUUUCAGUAGGGGUGAUUUUAAAAUGAAAUUGUUUUAGAACAAUUAGGAGAAAAAAUAUUAAAAAAUAAAUCCAAUUUAUUUUCUUUUUUUUUUUUUUUUUUUUGAGUCAGCUCAAGAAUUGUGCUUAUUCCCACUUCCAGAGAGCUGGUUCAGUUAUGAAUUUAGGAACAUUUUGCCUUUGACCAGCAUGAACUGCACAGCAUGAGCUCCCCAGUCCAAGCUGAGAUGUCCUUAGCUGGGUGAUGUCACCUCAACUCACACACAUGUGAACGCUCUCUUUCCAUGCACUAAAUGACCCUGUUGUGGUGUUGUCUCCUUGGCAUCACUGUAAAAUACAUGUCUUUAAACAAAUAAAUCAAUAAAUGGGUUUGCUGAA